CUCGCUCCCUCCCUCCGUCUUAGGUCACUCUUUCAACCCUCGAAUAAAAACUGCAGCCAACUUCCGAGGCGGCCUCAUUGCCCAGCGGACCCCAGCCUCCGACAGGUUCGGUGCGCCGGCUCCCGCCCCGGGACCCUGCACGGCACUCGCUUGCUCUCUCGGUUCGCCCCGACGCCAUGGACACGUUUUGGUGGCGCGCAGCCUGGGGACUCUGCCUCGUGCAGCUGAGCCUGGCGCAGAUCGAUUUAAAUAUCACCUGCCGCUACUCGGGUGUAUUCCACGUGGAGAAGAAUGGUCGCUACAGCAUCUCUAGGACGGAGGCAGCUGACCUCUGCACGGCUUUCAACAGCACCCUGCCCACCAUGGAGCAGAUGGAGCAAGCCCUGAACAUUGGCUUUGAGACCUGCAGGUAUGGCUUUAUAGAAGGGCAUGUGGUGAUCCCCCGGAUCCACCCCAACUCCAUCUGCGCGGCCAACAACACAGGGGUGUACGUCCUCCCUUCCGAAAACUCCCAGUAUGACACGUAUUGCUACAAUGCUUCAGCUCCGGAGGGAGAAGAAGAUUGUUCGUCAGUCACAGACCUGCCCAAUGCCUUUGAGGGAGUAAUUACUAUAACUAUUGUCAACCGUGAUGGUACUCGCUACACCAAGAAAGGGGAAUACAGAACGAACCCCGAAGACAUCAACCCCAGCAACUCUCCCGAUGACGACAUCAGCAGUGGGUCCCCUGGUGAGAGGAGCACGUCAGGAGGUUACAGCAUCUUCCACACCCACCUUCCAACUGCCUACCCGACCCCAGACCAGGAUGGUCCCUCCAUCUUCGACAACACAGAGAGUACCCCUGCUACCACUUUGAUGAGCACUAGUGCUACAACUCCUGACACAGCAACCCAGAGGCAAGAACCCCAGGACUGGUUUACAUGGUGGCUUUAUCCAUCAUGGUCUGAGGAUUCUCUUCACUCAACAACACAAAUGGCUGGCUGGGAGCCAAAUGAAGAAAAUGAAGAUGAAAGAGACAAACACGUCAGUUUUUCUGGAUCAGGCAUUGAUGAUGAUGAAGAUUUUAUCUCCAGUACCAUUUCAACUACACCACGGGUUUUUGACCACACAAAACAGAACCAGGAUUGGACCCAAUGGACCCCAAGCCAUUCAAAUCCAGAAGUACUACUUCAGACAACGACAAGGAUGACUGUACAUGUAGACACAAGUGGCACCAAUGCUCAUGGAGAAAACUGGACCCAGGAACCACACCCUCCUCUCGUUCACCGCGAGCACCACGAUGAAGAGGAGACCUCGCAUUCUGCAAGCACAACCUCAGCCUACACCAACCAUCCAAGUCAAAGAAUGACAACACAGAGCCAACAGGACAGCUCCUGGACUGAUUUCCUCGACCCAAUCUCACAUCCAAUGGGACAUGGUCAUCACACAGAAAGAAGGAAGGAUACAGACUCCAGUCAUAGUACAACGCCUCAACCUACUGCAGAUGCAAACACAGGUUUGGUGGAAGACCUGGACAGGACAGGACCUCUUUCAAUGACAACGCAGCAGAGUCAUUCUCAGAGCUUCUCUACCUCACAUGGAGGCUUGGAAGAAGAUAAAGACCAUCCAACAACAACUUCUCCAACAUCAAGCAACAGGAAUCCUGUCAGAGGUGGAAGAAGAGGUCAAAAUCCUUCUGAAGGCUCGACUACUUUACCACAAGGUAAUGCACCUCAUUACCCAGACACAAAGGAAAACAGCACCCCCAUCCCCGCGACCCCUGCUAAGACUGGGUCCUUUGGAGUUACUGAAGUUACUGUCGUUGGAGAUUCCAACUCUAAACUUGAUCACGCCUUCUCAGGAGACCGAGACUCGUCCAUGGACCCUGGCUGGGGCGGCCAUACCACUCAUGGAUCUGAAUCAGCUGGACACUCAAGUGGGAGCCAAGAAGGUGGGGCAAACACAACCUCAGGUCCUAUGAGGAGACCUCAAAUUCCAGAAUGGCUGAUCAUCUUGGCAUCCCUGUUGGCCCUGGCUUUGAUCCUUGCAGUUUGCAUUGCUGUCAACAGUCGAAGAAGGUGCGGGCAGAAGAAAAAGCUGGUGAUCAACAAUGGCAAUGGAGCUGUGGAGGACAGAAAGCCAAGCGGGCUCAACGGGGAAGCCAGCAAGUCUCAGGAAAUGGUGCAUUUGGUGAACAAGGAGCCAUCGGAGACCCCAGACCAGUUUAUGACAGCUGACGAGACGCGGAACCUGCAGAAUGUGGACAUGAAGAUUGGGGUGUAACGCUGACCCCGUUAUCUUGAAAAGAAACAACAGUCGGGGACAUAACUAUCUUACAGGGAACUGGGACACUUAAUGGAUGCAAUGUGCUACUGAUUGUUUCAUUGGGAAUCUUUUUUUUUAGCAUAAAAUUUUCUAUUCCUUUUUGUUUUUUGUGUUUUGUUUUUUAAGGUCAGGUCCAAUUUAUAAAAACAGCAUUGCUUUCUGAAAGGAGGGCCCAGUUAAUAAUCAGCGACUGUUCCAGUUCCCACCUAGAGGCCUUUCCUCCCCUGAGUGUGCUAAGGAUGGCUUCUAACAAAAGCUACAAAUACAUAUUCCUGAUCCCCAACCUUCCCCAGCCCUGCUCCCAGGUAACAGCCAUCAGCUAAGGACAUUCCCCAGGGCUAAGAGGGAUUGGUCCCUGGGAGGAAAUUGAUUGGGUCCUUAUUGCCCGCUCAGCAGCCCAAUCCCUGGGCAUUGCUUUCCCGUGGGUUUGGGGAUUGGGGUGUACUGGGUGUACAUCCCCUUCUACAGACCUCCUGGAAAUUUUUCAGAUGCUUCUGGGAGACACCCAAAGGGUGAAGCUAUUUAUCUGUAGUAAGCUAUUUAUCUGUGUUUUUGAGAUAUUAAACCCUGGAGGUCCUUUGAUCAGUAUGAUUUUUUUUAAAGUUACUUUGUCAGAGGCAUAAAGGGGUUCAAACUGGGUCAUAAUAAACAUCUGUACUUCUUCCAUCUUAACCUUUUGUGCUGUGAUCUUUCAGUUUCAAAACCAGCAAAGUCUAGGUCCCUAGAGCUCACCAGGGAAGAUCUGAGAAUGAGAGGAAUGCUCCUUAAAGUCUUCCUCUCUGAGCCCCUCAGCCCCCACUAAGACGCACUCAGCCAGAUCUCACAAGAGAUCAAGGAAGGCAGCACUGUUUGAUUUCUGAGCUGUCCAAAGUCUUUCUGUCCUGUCCCGGAGUCAGAAUCAUGAGUGAAGGAGCUUCAGCCACUUUUGUGGUUUAAUGGCCACCUUUUCUCUCUCGUGAAGGGCUUUGAAUAGCCACACUAAGUUUGCAUGACCUAUCAUUUGGGGGGUCCCAUUUCAUAGAUGCUAACCCUAUGAGUGAUUUGCAUAAAUGGAACGGAAGUGCCUUUUGAUGUGUGAUAAUAAAAGGAGAAGCCAAUAGAAAUGACAAAGCAUGGUCAGUGGCCGACCGAUUGGAUGGCUUGUGGCAGGGAGGAUGAAAUAUAGCUCUUGUUUGACUACUGUUAUGGCUGUAGGUGGAUAUACUUUAACAAGCUUCUGUCUGUCCCUGAGGUAGUUGCUAUUCAGGAUGAGUGAAGUGCCUGGGAAGUCCCUCCAAAGGUAACAGGGCUUCCCACCAUUGGACUCUUAUCACCAGAUAGGCAAGCUUAGGACCAAACACGAGAAUAAUAGCUUUAUCCUCUGACCUCAUAUCUUCCCCCACUUGGCCAUUCUUUGUGGCAUUUAUUCGCUAGUCAGGAUGUCCUGUUGGUCCUGGAACUUCCAAAGGCCACUUGCAAUAGAAGUCAUUGACUCUAUGAAAGUAAGGGUUCCUAUAAAGUGGGACCCCCUUUCUUAGGCUCCCAUAAACGGUCACUUGUUACCUAAACUUGCAGGCGUAUGGGCAACGUUUCUCAGACCACAAAGCAAAAAGAAGAAGAAGAAAAGCUGCACCCUAAAUCAGGGCUGGCUUUAUACAAAGAGUUGAUCUGAAGGAUAGAUGUCUUUAAAGCGGAGAUGCCAACUUUCUGCACUCAUUCCCAACCUUUGCUUUCCACAUCUAUCCUCUCUCCUCCCUCCCUCCACCCCUACCCCAUGAUCUUGAGAAACCUCCUUUCUCUUCCUCUGUGAAUAUCACUGGCCAGUUCCAUAUUCAGCUGUCUGGUUUUCUUUAUAUUUUCUUUUCAAGUUGAAAGGAGAAGACAUUAGACCACCCUGUGUUGUUACUGCCACAAGUGUUAACUGCUCCUUAUUUUCCCAGAACUUUCUUGGGUCUGCCACGGACACAAACAGGCUCACUCAGGCUCCUUAACCCAAAUGCAACAAGUCACUCUGGGACCAGAGUCAAGAGGGCUGUGCCAGGUUCUACCUGUCCCCCAGAUUCUGCUUGGGGCCAUGGAUAGUCGCACAAGUCUCACAGCUAGGGAUGGUUUCCCACCCUUUCUAGACAUUCCCAAGAAAUAGGCUAGAAUAGGAGAUUGUUUUCAACUUUAUUUUGGAAUUCAAUCUCAUUUUUCCUUUUAUUAUUGUUGUAGUCUCCCACUUGGCUAUACCUCUGUGUUCUCAAGGUAGAAAUAAGAUAGGUAGGUCUAGAGCUUCCCUUCUGUGGACACCGUGAGUGGAGAGCUGUCCAAGUCUUUGUGAUAACCCUGAAAUAUGGCCAGAAGUUCUUGGACUGGGAUGCCUGCUCACCCCCUUGACAAAAAUGGCCAUAACUCUGGAAGCACAACUUGACUACAUUCUUACCAGUUAUUUGUCAGGUGAUCUGGGCUAAUUCAUUAAACUGGGUCUUGUUGAUAAAAGUAAGGGGCCAGAAUUUAAUUAUUUUACAAAGCAACCUGAGAGCUUAAGAUGUAGUUUUGCCUGCAAUUGUAAAUCUUUUAUGUCUCCUGAAGUCUUCUCUUAAAUUUAGCUCUGAAUAAAAAAAUCAAAUGAGGCAAAAGACAUCUUCAAAUUCAUAUUUCCAUCCUAGCAGAAUGGAUUUUUCUAGCAGAACCUUUCAAAAAGUUUUCCAUGGAAACCCAUAACACCAAGAAUUGUUUUUAUAGCCAACAUUCAUUCAAUCCUAUUACAGCAGAGGAGUAGAAGGAAGGAAACAGUAGAAUUCUCUGGAAGAGUAAAAUGUACUUAAGAACAAGAAUAACAUGGUGCAUUCACCUUUCUGUCGUAGAUAUGUCUUUUUGCAGAUCAUUUGUGUUAAGUUUUCAAAGAAGAGCUCAUUGUUCAUGCAUGUACUGUACAAUGACCAUUGUUCUUGCUACUUCGAUUUUUCAGAGCGCACCCUUCUUGGUUUUUGUAUAUUUAUUGAUGGACCAAUAAUAAUGAGGAAAGCAUGAUAUGUAUGUUGCUCAGUUGGAAGCACUUAUUGGAAAAUAUUAAAAGGCUAACAUUAAAAGACUAAAGGAAA